AUGGCCUGUAAAAAUUUGAUUAAGUCCCAUCGUCUUGAAAUGCUCUGUAUUUUGGAGGCGAAGCUUUCUACGAAUCCGGAUUCUGACCACUGGUUUGCCCAUUCUCAUCAUAUUUUUCCCCAUGAGAAGAGCUGUAACAAUCUUUGCUCUUCUAUCUCUGGGAUAAUUUGGCUUAAAUGGAAUGCAAAUUGUGUUAACUUUAGACCCAUCAUCACCUCCUCCCAGUUAAUACAUGGAAUUGUCUCUUUCUCAUCUGAUUCUCAGUUUCUCCUGUCUGUGGUUUAUGCGGCCAACACACAAUCUGAUAGAACUUCUCCGUGGAAUCAGCUAGCUUCUUUAGCUGAUAGUAUUUCCUCCCCGUGGCUGGUUAUGGGAGAUUUCAAUUGUUUCAGAACUGUCAAAGAAAAAUUAGGUGGGUUUCCACCACAGCAUAGCCAACUCAAUGAAAUGAAUAGCUGGAAUUUCGACACCGGGCUCCUAGAACUGGCUUCUACUGGUUUAAAUUUCACUUGGUUCAAUCAGCGGGUGGCUGAUCCUAUUCAUGUUAAAUUGUAUAGAAUGUUGAUUAAUGUGGCUUGGUUGGAAGCUUUCCCCACUUCCUUUUACAAUGUUGAUGCUCCGAUGUGUUCUGACCACUCACCCUUGCUUCUUUUCUCCGGAGCUCCCAUGGCUGCAGGUGUGAGAUUUUUAUUCAAAAAUUACUGGGUGAAUAUGGAUGGCUAUUGGGAUAUGGUUAUUUCUGCCUUUGCUAAGCAUUCUGCUGCUAGUCCUAUUGUCAACUUGUACUAUAAAUUGAAAUGUUUAAAAGGGCACCUGAAGAAUCACAAGUGGAAUAACUCAUCAUUUCUUAAGGAUAAAAUUGACUCGCUGAUUUCUCAACAGAAAAAUUGUCUUGAUCUCAUUAAUUCCAACCCACUGGACAUGACUCUUAAUAAUUCUCUCAAGCUCAUCAAUUCUUCUUUGAUCAAUUUCCAAAAGGCUUGGGCUUCCUGGACUAUUCAGCGGGCUAAAGCCAAAUGGCUGUCCCAUGGGGAAGAUGAUUUGGAGUUUUUGUAUGCCAGGAAUAAGAGUAGAGGCAACAUUAAUCACAUUAGGGAGAUUACGACUCCGGAUGGUCACUUUAACUCUCCAAGCACUGUGGCUCAAGCCUUGACUAGGCAUUUUCAAGGGCUUUUUAAUAGCCCGCAUUCUCACUCCGGUAACAUGAGGCUUAUUCCUUAUGGUUCCUCCAUCCCUGCUAAUCUUGCUGACUCCCUCAUUGUUCCGGUUUUCGAUAAUGAGAUCAAAGAUGUGGCUGUUAAAAAUUAUUUUGCUACCGGGAUUCUUCCUACCUAUGCUAAAGCUACUGAUCUUGUCCUUAUCCCCAAACAUCCUCACGCCUCCAACAUUAAUGCUUUUAGAUCCAUCUCACUUUGUAACACUUUUUAUAAAAUCAUUGCUAAGAUUUUGGCUAAUAGGAUGAAAGACUAUUUCUGUGCUAAAUUGGACAUAAAAAAGGCUUUCGAUACGGUCUCUAGAGAAUUACUUUUGAAUAGGAUGGAGGUGAAAGGUUUUCCAUCUAAGUUCAUUUCUUGGAUCAAAGGUUGUAUCCUGGAUGUCCCUUUCUCUAUUUGUGUUAAUGGUGUUAUGGAGGGCUAUUUUAACUCUACUACUAGGUUGCGUCAAGGUUUCUCCCUAUCUCCACUGCUGUUUGCCAUUGUCAUGGACGCCUUCUCUUGUGCCUUAGAUGAGGGCUCCUUUCAGGGAAUUUCUAGAGGCAAUUCUGUGUACAACCACCUUCUCUAUGUUGAUGACGUGUUGGUUUUUGGCCCGACUACCAUUUCCAAUGCUCAUGCUCUUAAUAAUACUCUGAACAUCUUUGAUGAACAUGCUGGGCUUUACAUAAACAAAAAUAAAUGUUUUAUCAUUAUCUCUUGUAACCCCAACCUUGCUUUGGAUAUCAAUGCCAUUCUCGGCUAUUCCCUUUCGGUUGAAUCUCUGAAAUAUCUUAGGCUUCCCAUUGCUAUCAAGAACUAUCUUCUUCUCACUUCCAACCACUACUGA